AUGUUUUCCAAUAAUUUCAAUAACCAGUUAUAUUACUUUAACCCAUCGCAAGAAGAGAGCUAUCCAUAUGGAGUUAGCGAGUUUUCAAGAGGCCAAUACAAUGAAUACUUGAGAGAGUACGAGUUUAGGAGAGCUCUUGAGCAGCAGAUGAGACAAUGCCAAUUGCAACAGCUUAGAGAGUACCAAAUCCAGGAACUCAGAGAGCAACAGAUCAGAGAACAAGCCUAUAGAGAGCAACAACUCAGAGAACAGAGGCUUAGAGAACAAGCCUAUAGAGAGCAACAACUNAGAGAACAAGCCUAUAGAGAGCAACAACUCAGAGAACAGAGGCUUAGAGAACAAGCCUAUAGAGAGCAACAACUUAGAGAACAGAGACUUAAAGAACAGAAAAUUAGAGAACAAAAAAUUAGAGAACAGAGAGAAGAAGAAGCCAGGCAGGUUUCAAAUCAACUCUUUUCCGAGUACGUUGAAUCUUUUAAUCAGUUCUAUAAAAAUGUUGGAAAAGAACAAAGAAAACAACAAAUCAAACGAGAGAAGUUGAACAAAAUUAGAAAAGAAAAGGAAGAAGAAAGAAGAAGGGCUGAACAAAAGACAGCCGAACAACAAAAAGCCGAGCAAAAAAAUCAGAGAGAAGCUAGAGAUGUGGAGGUUUCUUUAAGAAAGGACUUUUUUGAUCAAUUUUUCGACGCCUUUGUUCAAGUCAACUCUAUUCCACACACCCAACAAAAUGAGUGUGUAAGAGUUUCCGAUGAACGAGAAGCCCAGUUGAAACAACAAAAAGAAAUUGAAGCUGUUGAACGAAAAAGAAGAGAACAAGAGCAAAAUGCUAAAGAAAAAGCCUUUAAGCAGGAAUUGCUAAAUCACUUUUUCGGUGCCUUGGGGCUCCAACCAGUUGAAGAAACAAAUAAUUCGAACGUCGAAAGAGUAGACGAGGCUAAGAAACAGGCUGAAGCUAAGAAACAAGCUGAAGCUAAGAAACAAGCUGAAGCUAAGAAACAGGCUGAAGCUAAGAAACAGGCUGAGGCUAAGAAACAAGCUGAAGAAAAAAAGCUGACCGAGGAAAUACAGAGAGAGCAGAUCAACCGUCUUGUGAGUCAUUUCUUUGGUGCCGUUCCAUUUGAACACGUUCCUCAGAAAACAGAUUCAAAGGAAGAAACUACCGAAAAAUAUGAUACCCAAGAGCAAAGCACAUCUACCGUGGACCCUGACAAUGAAUCAGUAGCGUCCGAAAUAAGUGACGCAGCAUCCGUAUCCACGCAGUCUACUUCAACUCUUGCCUCUCCAGAAUCAAAGUUACACAAGCAUUUAUCGAUUGAAGAAGUUGAAGACGAAGAAUUUGCAUCAUUUAACAAAAAUUUUAUAUAG